UGACUAACACUGCGUUGUUCUUUCCCUCCGCAGGACAUCGAGGCCCGUGUGACCACUCGCUCAGAUACCUGAGCUCGAGACUCAUGGAGCGGAAGCUGCAGGGCCCAUGGCUGCCCGCCGGCCGGGGGCACGUGGAGAGGCCAUGCCCGGGCCCCCGUGGCUCCCUGGUGCCCGUGUUCGGCCCCCAGCACGGCCUGCACUGCGUCCACGCCGAGAGCGGCGCCCCGAGGCCCCGGGUGGUGACGGUGGUGAAGCCGGGCGGGCACCCCCUGCGCAAGGUCACCCUGCUCCUCAACAGGCGCUCCGUGCAGACCUUCGAGCAGCUCCUGGCCGACGUGUCCGAGGCUCUGGGCUUCCCGCGGUGGAAGAGCGACCGCGUGCGGAAGCUGUUCAACCUCAAGGGCAGGGAGAUCCGCAGCGUCUCCGACUUCUUCCGGGAGGGGGACGCCUUCAUCGCCAUGGGCAAGGAGCCCUUGACCUUGAAGAACAUCCAGGCGGCCGUGGAAGAGCUGUACCCCGGCAGAGCCCGGGCCCUGACGCUGGGCCAGCAGAGCAGGGUCGCUUCUCCGAGGCUCAGGAGCAGGCUCUACAGCAAGACUCUGAAAGGGGGGCCCCCCUGUGCGGGGGAGGCCGAGCCGGCCAAGAGCUGCGGGGAGACCGCCGGGUCCAAGGCAGCCAUCGCCCGGCUGGGGAAGACCCCCCUGGAGCCGGGGCUGGAGGACGGGGCGAGGGCCCAGAAGACGUGGGUGAGGGGCACCCGGGAGCCCGAGCCCGGCGGCAAGCCCACCGUGGAGAGGCUCGCCAGCGGGGAGAAGCACCUGGGCGUGGAGAUCGAGAAGACCUCGGGGGAGAUCAUCCGGUGCGAGAAGUGCAAGCGGGAGCGGGAGCUCCGGCAGGGCCUGCAGAGGGAGAGGCUGUCCCUGGGCACCAGCCAGCUGGACCUGGGCAAGGGCCCGCGCCGCGACGUGGACAAGCUGGUGAGGACCAGGAGCUGCAGGAGGUCCCCCGAGACCCACCCUCCGGGCGGGGAGGACGGGUGGAAGGGUGAAGGCCACAGGAGCAGGCCCAGGAACCCCACUCAGGAGCCGAGACCCAGCAAGAACCCGGACAAGAAAGAGGAUACAGAUCCCAAAGGUCAGGAAGGUCAGCUGCGAGGAGCAGCCAAGGCUAAGAAGGACGUCACUGUGGCGGAAGCCCAGCCUGUCCGAGAGGAGGGGCCGAGGGAUGGGAAGAAAGACGCCAGGAGUAAGCACGGUGGCUGGAUCCUCAGGGAGCCCCAAGCCGACCCCGAGAAGCCCCCCAGGACCCGGGGGGAGGAGCAGGAGGCAGAGAAGGAGAAGAAGCCGCCCGUGUCAGGCGGGAGGAAGAUGCUUCCCAGAGAUGACCAGCCUGCCGGGGUAGAAAAGGAGCCCAGGAUGCGGGCAGAAGAGAGCAAGCCCGAGAGGCCAGGCGGCCGGAGGCGGCGGCCCGCGGGCAUCAUCUCGGCCAGCGUGGAGAAGCAGUACGAGCCGGGCCGGGCCAUCGGGGACGGCAACUUCGCCGUGGUGAAGGAGUGCCGGCACCGGGAGACCGGGCAGGCCUACGCCAUGAAGAUCAUCGACAAGGCCAAGCUCAAGGGCAAGGAGGACAUGGUGGACAGCGAGAUCUUGAUUAUCCAGAGCCUCUCUCACCCCAACAUAGUGAAGCUGCACGAAGUGUACGAGACGGACGCGGAGAUCUACCUGAUCAUGGAGUACGUGCAGGGCGGGGACCUGUUUGACGCCAUCAUCGAGCACGUGAAGUUCCCGGAGCGCGACGCCGCCCUCAUGCUCACGGACCUGUGCAAGGCCCUCGUGCACAUGCACGACAAGAACAUCGUGCACCGGGACCUCAAGCCGGAAAACCUGCUGGUUCAGAGGAAUGAGGACAAAUCGAUGACCUUGAAGCUGGCUGACUUUGGCCUUGCGAAGCACGUAGUGAGACCAGUGUUUACUGUGUGCGGGACCCCGACUUAUGUAGCGCCCGAAAUUCUUUCUGAGAAAGGUUACGGGCUGGAGGUGGACAUGUGGGCCGCCGGCGUGAUCCUCUAUAUCCUGCUGUGUGGCUUCCCCCCGUUCCGCAGCCUGGAGAGGGACCAGGACGAGCUCUUCGACAUCAUCCAGCUGGGCCACUUCGAGUUCCUGGCCCCUUACUGGGACAACAUCUCUGAGGCUGCCAAAGACCUGGUGAGCCGGUUGCUGGUGGUAGACCCCAAAAAGCGCUACACGGCCCACCAAGUCCUUAAGCACCCCUGGAUCGAAACCGCUGGAAAGACUAGCGCAGCCAACCCAGGGAAGGAGCGCAAGGAGGCGGCCCCUGGCAGCGAGGGCCACGUCCGGGGCCAGCAGGCGCGGGCUGCAGAGCAGGCCCCGUGGUCUCCGCCUCCGGCCCCUGUCCAGCCCUCGGUUCUGCUCAAGGACAGAGGAUAGACGUUUAGGAGAAACACAGUGCAAAGGGCGUCAUCUCCUAAUUAGAGAAUCAGGGGAGGGAGAGAUGCUCAGUAUAUUUUAAAAGAGAAACUUGAGUCUUAACGUUAAAUGUUGUAACGUAUUUUUAGAUUUGUAUAUUGGAAGCCUUUAAUACUAGUUUUUUUGUGUUUUUUGGGGGGGAGGGAGGGAGAAAGGGGAAGAGUUGUUACCAGUAUGAAGUUUUUGGUAAUAAUGAUGUGUUUUGUUUCCUCCUUGUCAUCAAGUUCAUGGUAUAUGACAUGAGUGGUGCUUCCCGGGGUCUCAGUGCCCCCUGUGAGAGUCAUAAGGUGAAUCGUAGUCUUUCUGUGUUAAUAAAUCGUGCUCUGAACACUGA